GUGUGACGUGUGAUUGUCGUUCUUAAUUUGUCGGGAACUGAGCAUUCAAAAUGUUCGCAAACUCGUACCAAAGCGGAUUCGUGUCCAUAUUUUACAGUGUUGGAAGUAAUCCACUGGCGAUAUGGGAUAAACAAGUUAAGAACGGCCACAUCCGUCGCAUAAUCGACGACGAGGUGAAGUCGCUGGUGCUGGAGGUGGCCGGCACGAACGUGGCCACCACGUUCAUCACGUGUCCGGCCAAUCCCAAGAUGUCGCUGGGCAUCAAGCUGCCCUUCCUCGUCAUGAUCAUAAAGAACGUGAAGAAGUACUUCAGCUUCGAGAUACAGAUAAAAGACGACAAAGACAUGCAUCGUAGAUUCCGAGUGUCAAAUUUCCAAUCGACAACAAAGGUUUAUCCAUUCUGCACGACAAUGCCCAUAGGACUCAGCGCUGGCUGGAAUCAAGUCCAAUUCAAUCUGGCCGACUUUACAAAGCGGGCUUACGGCUCCACAUAUUUGGAAACGACAAGAGUGCAGAUCCACGCGAACGUACGCAUCAGACGGAUCUAUUUCUCCGACAUGCUGUACUCCGAGGAGGAGAUGCCCAACGAGUUCAGACUGUACAAGCCGGUGCCCGCAUCCAAAAAACCGUCGGCGGACGAAGUCAAAGAGAAGGCCAAAGAGGCAGCCGAAGCCCCCGAGGUCCCACCACCACCCUCACCGGUGGAGACAGCCGCGUCCCCGCACGUGGAGGAGGUCGAGCCACAGCCCGCUUCGGACGAGUACGCGGCCGAAGACUUGCCGACCGAAGACGAAAUGUCGCCGGCCGAGGACUACUACGAGGGCGGGGAGGAAGCGGGCGAAACCGAGGAGAUGCCGCCGGCCGAAACCACCGCGGAAGUGACCUCGCACGAGGAAGUGCCGGCUGAAGCGGAGGCCGGCGACGAGGCGGAUCUGUCGAUCGUGCAGGAGGACGAGGCGGUGUCGGAGCACAUGGAGGAAACGCAUCCGGCCGAAGAAACGCACGAGGAGACCGAGGCGACCGCUGAGGAACCGGCGACUGCUGCGGAGCCUCCUGCUGAGGAGGAGGCGCCGGCCGAACCGCCGACUCCUGCAGAAGAAGUGUCGCAGGAAGUAGAAGCUGAACCGCCAGCGGAGGAGCCCGCCGAAGCUCCGCCAGCUGAUUAAUUUUUUGAAUAGGGAAAUUGACGAAUUGUCUUAUUACAUUGCACAUAUUUAAUAAAGAGAUAUUUCUGUUUU